GCCGCGUCACAGCAUACGCAGCCUGACAGUCAGGGCCCACGCGUCAGAGGCAGGCGAAAACGAACUCCAAGUCUCGAACACCUUCCCUGCAGUGCCCAGCCUCUCGCCGCGCGUCGUCUCCUUCCUCCGUCCCUCGUCCCGGCGCCACAAAAAACCCUAGCCAGCGCCCCGCGUCCUCGACCCCGUGCCGGUGAUGACGGGCGGCGGGAAGAAGGAGAAGGGGGAGGGGCUGGGCCGCGCGCUGAUCCGGCAGCGAAACAAGGAGGCGGCGGCCGCCAAGGAGCGGGGCGAGGCGCUCGCCUUCGCCCGCCGCCGCGCGAUGCCGCUCGAGUCCGUCAUCGACGUCAGCGACAUCGACGCCGUGCUCCAGCGGGCCGCGGAGGCGGACGACCUCGCCGAGGCCGCGUCCGUCGCCUCCUCAUCCGACCUCAUAAUCGACCUGGAUGCGACGGGGGAGACGGACGAGGAGAGGCGGCGGCUUCGGAAGGAGCAGGAGGCCCUGCACGCCAGCAGCCUCAGGGUACCGAGGCGUCCACCAUGGAAUACUCAGAUGACCGUAGAGGAGCUUGAUGCGAACGAGAGGCGGGCGUUCCUGGUAUGGCGCAGGAAUCUUGCGAGAUUGGAAGAGAACGACAAGCUUGUUCUGACACCCUUUGAGAAGAACAUUGACAUCUGGAGACAGCUCUGGAGAGUGCUUGAACGCAGUGAUUUGGUGGUUAUGGUAGUUGAUGCACGAGAUCCGUUAUUCUACCGCUGCCUAGAUCUUGAGUUAUACGCAAAGGAAAUUGAUGAGCACAAGAGAACAAUGCUCCUUGUAAACAAGGCUGAUCUGUUGCCGUUAGAUAUCAGGAAGAGAUGGGCUGACUAUUUUAAGGCGCAUGAUAUACUCUAUGUUUUCUGGUCAGCUAAGGCUGCUACUGCCACAUUAGAAGGCAAAAAGUUAAGUGGAUACUCUGAAGAAGAAUCUGCAUCACUUGAUUUGGAUACCAAGAUAUAUGGAAGGGAUGAACUCCUGAUGAGGCUGCAAGCUGAAGCAGAAUCUAUUGUAGCACAAAGGAGGACCUCAACCACUGAAGAGGAUCACGACAUCAGUUCUUCUGAUUCUGUUUUGACGGUGGCUAAGCAUGUAGUUAUUGGAUUUGUUGGUUAUCCUAAUGUUGGGAAGAGUUCCACAAUAAAUGCUUUGGUUGGUGAGAAGAGGACUGGCGUUACUCACACACCCGGCAAGACAAAACAUUUCCAGACACUGAUAAUCUCUGAAGAGCUCACUCUCUGUGAUUGUCCUGGUCUGGUCUUCCCUUCCUUCUCAAGCUCAAGACAUGAGAUGGUGGCAUGUGGUGUCUUGCCGAUUGACAGGAUGACAAAGCACCGGGAAGCUAUUCAAGUGGUUGCAGAUCAUGUCCCAAGAAAUAUCCUUGAGCAGAUUUACAAAAUUACCUUGCCAAAGCCUAAGCCAUAUGAAUCGCAAUCUCGGCCACCAACUGCUGCUGAGCUGCUGCGGGCCUACUGUGCAUCUCGGGGGCAUGUCAGCCAUGGUGGGCUGCCUGGUGAAACCAGGGCUGCUCGACAGAUACUGAAGGAUUAUAUUGAUGGUAAAAUCCCACACUUUGAACUCCCUCCUGGUGUAACAGACGCUGAAAUAGAACGUGGAGAAAUCACCGGAUCAGAAGGCCCAAAUGCUUCAGCAGCUAAUGAAUUGGAUGCUGAUGAUUUUGAUGGAGAAGAUGAUACAGUUGAUGCAGCAGAACCAGACAUCAGAGAUGUCCUGGAUGACCUUGAAUCUUUCGAUUUGGCCAAUGAAGGAUUGAAAGCUGCUGGAAAGAAGAAGAAAGAGGCAUCCCGCAAGCACCACUAGAAACCCCAGCAGAAGAAGGAUCGGUCCUGGAGGGUCGGCAAUGAUGGUGGUGAUGGAACAACAGUUGUAAGGGUGUUCCAGAAACCCGCUGUUAACUUGUCCACUGUCAGUGCAAGCGGGAGGCUCUAAUCGCUAGCAACAUACUUCCUGUGCAUCUUUGUAUGCAAACACGGGCAUGAAGUCUCGUAUUACCCCGAGGAAGAUAGCCUUCGCAUGCAAAGUGAAGAAAUCCAUUUUCACCUGUUGCGCUACGUAAGGUUUUUUUACACUUGACUCCCUGCGAAUCGCCGAAGCUGAUCUGGUGAAUGAGCGGCUAAAGGAAUUUUGCGAUUUUGAAUGACGCUGUGUAAAUCCUUAUAGAAAAAUAUCCCUGUUAGUGCUUUUUA